AUGGAUAGAUGGUCGCCUUCUUUCUCCACUGAUUCACUUAAAGGAAUCACUUCACCAGUUUGGAUUCACUUCCCAGGACUGCCGUUGAGCUGUUGGGAUCAGGAAAACAUCCCUAUCAUUGCCUCAAUGAUAGGUAAUCCUUUGAUGUUGGAUGGAAAUUCAUUCAAAUGGGGAAAGCGGGAGUACGCUCGAUGCUGUGUCCGCGUUGAUCUAAAAAGAAAGCUUCCUACAGGCGUUUGGAUAGAGGGUAUUCACGAAAUAUCCUUUCAACGGGUGGAAUACGAAAAAUUAACUUCUCUUCGUUACCAAUGUGGUAGAGUUGGUCAUAGCAAAGAUAAAUGUCCUGAUUCUAUUGUUGUGACUGAAACUGAUUUGGAAUAUAAAGGUUCUAAAGAUGUUGUGAAUCAGGGGAAUGCUGCUGAGGCGAAGGAGGUAUGUAUUACCGAGAAAACGUCAGUCCAAGCAGAGUCAGCGAAGAAGAAUCAAGAUGUUGCAGUUCAAGUUCAGGAAAUUCCAAUUACUGUUAAUAAAUUCCAUGUUUUGGAUUGUUAUGUAGAGGAGGGACAGAUUGCUGAAAAGAUGAAUGAGAAGAUCUCUAGUAAUUCAAAUGAUUUGGAUCUAGAUGAGGCUGUUGGUUCUCUUGAAUUGCUGGAUAGUAAUGUUGAGCAGAUAAGGGAGGAACAUUCAGUAGGUUUGUCGAAUUCUGUGAAAGGAAAUCUGGACAUGUGA